AAUCUUGUACACUUUUCGCUUUGUCUAUGUUUGUUGGUUUGCUGCGCAGUGCGCACCGAAAAGUCAUCAUUCACGUACCGCUGCAGAUCAAGCAUUUAACGCGAACGGUCGUCAAAGUAGUAGAAAAGCCGGUAGUCAAACAAUUCAAACACGACGGCGAAAUAAUUCAUCACCAUCGUCAUUUCGGCCACGUCGAGCACGACCACAGUCACAAUAUUCACGGUCCAAAGUCGCCGCACGAGCACGAGCACGAGCAACAGCAUCAAAUGGACGGCGAAAAUUUCGCGAAGCGUCGUACGCCGCCGCCGCCGCCGCCGCCGCCGCUACCGCAGGUCAGCAGCGCCGGAAUGACGGCCAAGCUAUGGCAGCCGGCCGCCUCUGCCAUCAAACAAAUCGUCGGCAUCACCGGUAAGGCUGAUCGACUGGCCAAAAACGCGGCAUUUUACAGGGCGUCGCCGUCGCCGUCGCCGUCGCCGUCAACGGCUACCAAUUACGACAGCGAGAAAAUGCUGAAAUCACCGCAAUACCGACGGCAACAUCGUCAUCACCAGCACCACCAGCACCACCACCGCCGUCAACGCCAUCCUUCGCGUAAUAAUCGUAAUUUUCAUCUACCACCGCAGCGGCCAUCGUCGUCCUCGUACGUUCGCGUAUUAUUUCAUUCGAUGGAGCAAUGACAGCGGCCGCAAUACCACUCUUCACACGUACGCGUAUAUAAUUACUCGUAGUAUUGUAGUACCGGAGCUCGCGGCCAAAAUGUCAGCCUUUUGAAGACUCGCCAGCGCUAUACGUAGGAGUCCUAAAACUUUGCGAGCUCUAUUGUUAUCCGCACAAUACCUACAGUCCUACAGGGUGUCCAAUAAUAUCGGGCAUAGCUGGCGAGAAUCGAAAUACGAGUACGAGUACGUAUAUUGAUUCGACGCUGCCCGCUGCCCGCUGCCAAAUGAUGCAAAUUCUCGCUAGCUUCGCCAUCGGCCAUGCCCAAUAUUAUCGGGUACCCUGUAGAUAGUAGACUCGAAGCAGCCGCAGCUGCAGGUAGAUUGGUUUGAUAUGUAGGAUAGGGCAGUGCGAUGGGCGUGACGACUUUAAGCGAGAAGAUGAUGAUGCGCAUUGCGCAACCGCGCGUGCAAUUUGCAAUUUUUCCCUACAUUCUUUCUUCUCGUACCAUUACCCUAGAGUGAAGAAUUUUUCGCACGGCCACAAAUGCCGAAUGCCGAAUGCCGAAUGCGCAGUGCGCACCCACUGCAGCGAGCGUACAGUGCGAGUAUAAACAAAUAGGUACCUCCCUACCGGCCACAAAUAUCUAAUAGACAGAAUAUUUAUGUCUGUAACAGCUUUUCAGCUAUUCAGUCAUUCCGCUAUUCAUUCGCUAUCUUUCAGAUAUUCGGAAAAGUUGUUAAAUAUUCCAUCUGCAAAAUAUUGAAUGGAAUAUCAAGCAACGUAUAAUAGUUAGCUAUAAGCCCAAAUUUUCAAUAUCUAUUGGAAACAAAUUUUAGAUAGCUAAAAUAUAUCGUCACCAGAUAUUAAAUAACCAAACAAAAAUUUACAGCUACUAGAUGUCUAAUAGAUAUACAGCAAACUAAAUGAAUUAUAAAACUUGAACAAGAACUUUAGUAUUGCUCCAGUUGUCAUGAUAGAAGGGAGAGUGUGCAUCGGAAAUAAGUAUUUUCGUUAUUUUAUACUUGAAAAUGGCCGCAAUUGCAAUAAAUUACAAUUAAUUGAGUUCUUAAAUUACAUUUAAAGUUGAUAUUUCUUCAAUUUCGCUUUUUGAUAAGAAAAUAUGUAUCGUAAAACGUGUUUAUUUGUGUUAAAUGUAAAGAAAACUCGAAGUGUUCAAAAAGUAAUAAUAAGUGACAAACUCCAAGUAAUUCAGGUUCAAUUUGAGAAGAAUUCGCGGAAAAUAAUGGAAAAAUUGAGUCAGCAGCAUGUUCAUCUUACGUAGUAAGUAGAUUUAUAACUGACAUGAAAUUAUGAAACCCAUGAUUAGGUAGAAAUAGUUUAUGAAAUAUAUGAUAAUAUGUAAGUAUAGAUCCGUAUAGUACCUACCUACCUACCUACCUACCUACCUAACCAUGAACUUCUUAUUUUCAUGUUAAUUAUAUUAAUACUAACUUACUGAUAAAGUGAAUAUGCUGCUGACACCAUUUUGCUAUUAUUUCCGCAAAUUCUUCUCCAAUUAAGUAUACCUGAAUAAUGUAAAACUUUGCCAUAUUAUAAUAUUGCCUAUUACUUUUAGAACACUUUGAGUUUUCUUUAAAUUUACUUUUUACUCAAAUAAACGAGUUGCAGAUCUUUAAAAGCACUUUCAUUUUGCAGGGCGAAUUUCAGUCAUUUUAAUAGCUGAGAAGCAUCCAAUAGAUAUCUGUAAAACAUUAUGGCUGCAAGGCAUUGGAGAAUAGAUAUCUAUUCU